AUGACGGGAUACAAGUUUUACAAAUUGAUCUUUGCCCUGUUGGCCGUUACCAGCCUAAGAGGUUGUAACGUUGUGGGAGAAGAAGUUCCUCAGGAAGUUGAACGUCAAAGUCCUAGGCCAGGCAGUGGUAACUUAUCAGUAAACGGUGAUAAGCCAGCCAAAAAACAGGGCUGGUUGAAGAAGAUUUCUGAUGGUAUAAACAAACAGGUUAAGAGCCAUUGGGAAUCUGCUGGACCAAGUGACGCUACUGAUGGCUCGUCUUCUGCCACUCAUGACACUGAGGACUCGAAGUUAGUUGAUGACAACGUAUCUCUCAAUGGCGAUGAAACAGCUAAAAUGGGAAACUGGUUGAAGAAGAUUUCUGAUGGUAUAAACAAACAGGUUAAGAGCCAUUGGGGAUCUGCCGCAGCUCCAAUCUUUCAUCGUACUUCUGAGUUAGCUAAGGAAUGUGACGAUGAACAUGACCAAGUAUCUGUGACGGAAUCAACUGUGGAGCAACCGUCUGAACAGGCUGAGGCGCCGUCUUCUGAGCAGCCCUUAGAGGAACCGUCUGAACAGACUGAGGAGCAGUCUUCUGAGCAUGGCGAUUAA